AUGUCUAAUCGGGCUGACACCUCUUUGAACUCCGUUCACGCUUCCUCAAACGCCACAAAAACUGCCCAAGACCCUGACACCACCAACAUUAUGAUAGCCGCCAAAAAUAUGAUCGCUGCUACUGCGGCCGCUCAAGCCUACAAGAAGAUGGUUUUUGGCCUUCCGACCGUGGUCAAAAGUCCUCCGGCCGCCAAUCAAGCUACUGAAACCAUCAAACCCCCGACCGCGACCAAAGAUAUGAUCGCCGCUUCCUCGGCCGCUCAAGCCUCCAAGAACAUGUUUUUUGGCCUUCUUGCCGCCGGCGAAGCUCCUCCCAAUGCGAUUCCAGCAACUACUAACGUUGUAAAGGCCCCAAACCCAAUUGAAGAUUUCAUAGAUCCCUUCCUCCUUCAGCUUUCUGAAUCCAAAGAAGAAAUGUAUAUAAGCCCAAACAAUCAACAUACUUAA